UCUUCAUCUUAUUCUGCUGCCUCUUCUAGUAUCAGAGAUCGAUCAACUGGGCUGAGAGUUGAGAGAAAUGGCGCGCGUGCUGCUCCUUGUGUCGCGGGAGCAGGCGAUGCACAUGCCGAUGCAGAUGCCGAUGCCGAUGCCGAUGCCGGUGGCUGGGCGCGGUGACCGCUCCCCUGAGCGGGCGUUCGUGUGCAAGACGUGCGGCCGUGUGUUCCCCUCCUUCCAGGCACUCGGCGGGCACCGCGCCAGCCACAAGAAACCUCGGCUGGACGGCGACGACCUCAAGCCCAAGCUGCACGGCUGCUCCGUCUGCGGCCUCGAGUUCGCCAUCGGCCAGGCGCUCGGCGGCCACAUGCGGCGCCACCGCGCCAUGGGCGGCGUCAUGGCGCCCCUGGCAGUGAUCAAGAAGCCCAGCGCCGGCAGCAGUGUUGUUGUCGCCGGCGGAAACAAGCGCGGGCUGUGGCUCGACCUGAACCAUCCGCCGUGCAGCGACGACGCCAAUCACGGCGAGUGCGGCCACGACGCGGCUGCCGCCGGGUACACGUUCCACCAGUUCCUCGACACUGGCACCAUGGCGGUGGACUGCGUCUAGCUACUCUCCCUGUCUAUUGCCUGGUUUUUGCCGGAUAGUAGGAUAUUCUCAUGUGUGUUGCUGUACACUUUUUUUGCAUCUUUUUUCCAUUGGUGGAGAUAUUAAUCCACAUUUUGUAGCAGUAGAUAUAUAUGAGUGCCUAAUCGAAGGCAUGGCAUGGCACAUAGAUCAUUUCUUUUUGAGGUGAUAUUGUGCUCAAUUUGGUAGCUUGUAGGCUCACCACAGCUAAUUACCUUGGGUUUACCGGUUAUAUUGAUGAGAAACCCAUUGGUCAAGUGGCUCAGUUAAUGUAAUUAUAUAUUUAUUAGUCAGAGUAGAAUAAAUAUGGAGCUUGUGGAUUUCAUUUA